AUGAAAGGAUCUACAAUAUUUUGCCAUUUAGACAUAACUGAUGCAUAUACCCAUUUACCGGUGGACGAAGAAGUUAGUCAUGCAUUAACUCUUAAUACACCUACUAAUGGAUUAAUCAGGCCAACACGCGCAAUUUAUGGAGCUGCAAAUAUUCCUGCCAUCUGGCAAAGGCGCAUAGAAACUGUUCUCCAAGGAAUUCCAAAUGUACGAAAUUUUUUCGAUGACGUUCUGAUAUUUGAAAAAGAUUUCGAAUCAAUGCUAAACAAACUGGAUAUGCUCUUAGAAAUAAUGAGACAACAUGGUUUACGACUAAACCGGUCAAAAUGUGUCUUCGCCACCUCUGAAGUCGAAUUUUUGGGUCACAAAAUUGAUUCCAAUGGAAUUCACAAAUCUGAGGCCAAACGUGAUACUCCAAAACUUUCUACUGCAAAAUAA